GGCCUGCUGUUGUGGACGGGCCUACAAGGACGGAGUCCGGAAGUGCAGUCGCGCUGCUCGGGCCUGGGCUGGGGUCGCAGGGGUCGCCGGGGCGGCGAGGCCGGCAUGGCGGCGCUGCGGAGGCACGUGUUUGUUGGAAAAGUGCUGAAGAAACUGUAUCCUGAGGUUCCACGUGGCCAAGAGAAGAGGGCCCCAGUGAGUCCAGCCUGCAGAAACCCACCUGAGAAAGUGGCUCCUGAGAGAGUGAAGGGCGGGGGCAUCCCCCCCAUGACAGGUGGUGACACUCGGGUCCAGCCUGCGCAACGGCUCUACACCGUGGGCCUGCCUCCUGAGGGGUGGGUCCCCCAUCCGCCGGAGGCCCCCAGCUGCUCGAGUCCUGAGAGCUCCUCCAGCGGCGAAGACAUAGGAGAUCAGGAUCUUCAGGCUCAACCAAAGAGAAGAAGAAUUAGAAAGCAUAAUUCAAAGAAAAAAUUUAAAAAUCCCAGUAACAUUCCUCUAGAACAAGCAGAAUUAGAGAAACAGCAGAGUAUUUUGCAAGAAAAAUUGCAGCCACACAGCCACAGCCACACAGAUGGCCCUACAAUAAGCAAAAAUAAAAAAAGGAAACUGAAAAAGAAACAGCAAAUUAAAAGGAAGAAAGCAGCUGGCUUACUAACAGGAGUCUCUGGCGUCAACUUCAUGUACCAGCCUGAGGAGACCAGCAGUGAGCAGGGCGACGUGAGAGUGAGUGAUGGAGAGGACGGCGCAGACGGGGAGGGAGGGGGCCCGGAUGCCGAGGAGGAAGGAGCCACAGACGCCGGGAAGGAAGACGUUAAAAGUACCAAUGAAAAGGCAGAUGGUAUCCUGAACUUUUUGAAGUCAACACAAGAAAUUUAUUUUUAUGAUGGUGUCUCCAAGGAUUCAGACUCGGCUGUCUUCAUGGAGACCAGUGGAGAGCUAUUUAAAUAUCUUGAAACUCACAGCAUGCCCUCCUCAGAUGUGUUCAUUCUGGAUCACAUGAAAACGCUGUUACUUUUGCAAGAUACUGAAAGAUUGAAGAGUGCCCUGGAAGUGUUCCCAGAACAUUGCAGGAUGCCACCCGGCUGAACAAUGUUCCACCUUCUGUCCGUGGACACUGGGGUUGUUUCCCCCAUUUCCUGUUAUGAAUAAUGCUACUGUGAACAUCAUGUACAAAAUUCUGCAUGCACAUUUGUUUUCAUUUAUCUUGGGAGUGGAAUAGCUGGAUCAGAUGGCGACUCUACAUUAACCUUUUGAGGAGCUGCCAGGAUGUGGUCCACAGCAGCUGCACCAUCUUCAUCCCCACCAGCCAAACAUGAGUGCCAAGUUCUCCACGUCCUCACCAACACUUGUUAUUUUCCAUUUUCCUGGUAGUAGCCGUCCUCAUGGUUGUGCAGAGGCAUCGUGUGGUGGUUUCAGUUUACAUUCUAUGUACUCAUUGGCUCUUCUCCUCCUUGGAGAAAUUCCUGUGGAAGUUAUUGCCCAUUUGUGAAUUAGAUUAUUAGCUUUUUGUCAUUGAAUUAUGAGUUCUUCAUGCUGGGUAUUAACCCCUUAUCAGAUCUAUGAUUUGAAAAUAUUUUCUCUCAUUCUGUAGCUUGUCUUUUUACUCUCUUGUUAGUAUAUAGAUAGAUAGAUUCUUUUUCAUAUUCAUUAUGAUUUAUUACAGGAUAUUGAAUAUAGCUGCCUGUGAUAUACAGUAGGACCUUGUUUCUCCAUCCUAUAUGUGCUAGUUUGCAUCUGCUGAUCCCAAACUCCCAGUCCAUCCCCCUCCCCAUUAGCAACCACAAAUCUGUUCUCUGUCUGUGAGUCUGUUUUUGUUUUGUAAAUAAGUACGUUUGUGUGAUAUUUUAGAUUCCACAUAUAUGAUAUCAUAUGGUAUUUGUCUUUCUCUUUUUGACUUGUUUCACGUAGUAUGAUAAUCUCUAGGUCCAUCCAUGUUGCUGCAAAUGGCAUUAUUUCAUUCUUUUUCAUGGCUGAGUAGUAUUCCAUUAUAUAUAUAUAUAUAUAUAUAUAUAUAUAUAUACACACACACACACACACACACCCCAUAUUUUCUUUAUCCAUUCAUCUUUCAAUGGACAUUUAGGUUGCUUCCAUGUCUUGGCUAUUGUAAAUAGUGCUGCUGUGAACAUUAGGGUGCAUGUAUCUUUUUGAAUCAGAGUUUUGUCUGGAUAUAUGCCCAGGAAUCAGAUUGCUGGAUCAUAUGGCAAUUUGAUAUGGCAACUCUAUUUUUAGUUUUUUGAGGAACCUCCAUACUGUUUUCCAUAGUGGCUGCACCAGCUCACGUUCCCACCAACAGUGUAGGAGGGUUCCCUUUUUUCCACACCCUCUCCAGCAUUUAUUAUUUGUAGACUUCUUAAUCAGAUUAGGGCCAUUCUGAGUGGUGUGAGGUGUUACCUCAUUGUAGUCUUUUUUUUUUUUUUAAUUUAUUUUUGGCUGUGUUGGGUCUUCAUUGCUGUGUGCGGGCUUUCUCUAGUUGCGGUGAGCGGGAGCUACUCUUCAUUGCGGUGCACGUGCUUCUCAUUGCGGUGGCUUCUCUUGUUGCAGAGCACAGGCUCUAGGCACCCGGGCUUCAGGAGUUGUAGCACGUGGGCUCAGUAGUUGAGGCUGGCGGGCUCUAGAGUGCAGGCUCAAGUUGUGGUGCACAGGCUUAGUUGCUCCAUGGCACGUGGGAUCUUCCUGGACUGGGGCUCGAACCCAUGUCCCCUGCAUUGGCAGGCGGAUUCUUAACUGCUGCGCCACCAGGGAAGCCCCUCGUUGUAGUUUUGAUUUGCAUUGCUCUAAUAAUUAGCAAUGUUGAGCAUCUUUUCAUGUGCCUGUUGGCCAUUUGUAUGUCUUCUUUGUUGAAAUGUCAGUUUAGGUCUUCUGCCCAUUUAUUGAUUGGGUUGGUUUUUUUGAUAUUGAUUUGUAUAAGCUGUUUGUAUAUGUUGGAAAUUAAGCCAUUGUCGUUCACAUCAUUUUCAAAUAUCUUCUCCCAGUCCAUAGGCUGUCUUUUCAUUUUGUUGAUGGUUUCCUUUGCAGUGCAAAAGCUUAUAAGUUUGAUUAGGUCCCAUUUGUUUAUUUUUGCUUUUAUUUCUAUUGCCUUGGGAGACUGAUUGAUAUGACUUCUGUCAAAGAAUGUUUUGCCUAUGGAGUUUUAUGUUGUCAUGUCUUAUAUUUAAGUCUUAAAGCCAUUUUGAGUGGACCUGUCCUGAUCCCCAUCCUGGUUGGUGGCCCAUCCUAGCUGGUGGCCCAUCCUGGUGUCCAGGCCUGGCUGGCAGCUCCACGUACCAACCUUUAUUAAGCUCAGGGAGCUGUAUGGUGUAUGGUAUAUGGGUGUGUUCUAACUUGAUUGAUAUAUAUAAGGCUGUCCAGCUUUCCCAACACCACUUGCUGAAGAGACUGUCUGUUCUCCAUUGUAUAUUCUUGCCUCCUUUGCUGAAGAUUAAUUGACUGGAGGUGUGUGGGUUUAUUUCUGGGCUCUCUAUUCUGUUCCAUUGAUCCAUAUGUCUGUUUUUGUGCCAGUACCUUGCUGUUUUGAUUACUGCAGCUUUGUAGUAUUGUCUGAAGUCUGGGAGGGUUAUGCCUCCUUCUUUGUUCUUUUUCCUCAGGAUUGCUUUGGCAAUUCUGAGUCUUUUAUGGUUCCAUAUAAAUUUUAGGAUUAUCUGUUCUAGUUCUGUGAAAAACAUCAUGGGUAAUUUGAUAAGGAUUGCAUUAAAUCUGUAGAUUGCUUUGGCUAGUAUGGCCAUUUUAGCCAUAUUAAUUCUUUCAAUCUAAGAACAUGGGAUAUCUUUCCAUUUCUUUGAAUCAUCUUCAGUUUCCUUUAUUAAUGUUUUAUAGUUCUCAGCAUAUAAGUCUUUCACCUCCUUAGUCAGGUUUAUUCUUAAGUAUUUUUUUUUGGAUGCAAUUUUAAAAGGGAUUUUUUUAAAAUUUCUAUUUCAUUGCCUUUCUAUUUAAUUGUUAUUAUAAAGAAAUGCAACCAAUUUCUGUAUGUUAAUCUUGCAUCCUGCUAUUUUGCUUAAUUUGUUUCUCAGUUCUAGUAGUUUCUGUGUGGAGUCUUUAGGGUUUUCUAUAUGUAGUGUCCUGUCAUCGGCAUAUAAUGACAAUUUUACCUCUUCCCUUCCAAUUUGUAUACUUUUUCUUUUUCUUAUCUGAUUGCUGUGGUGAGGACUUCCAAUACUAUGUUGAAUAGAAGUGGUGAGAGUGGGCAUCCUUAUCUUGUUCCAGAUUUUAGUGGGAGGGCUUUCAGCUUUUCUCCAUUGAGUGUUAUGUUGGCUGUGGGAUUGUCAUAAAUAGCUUUUAUUACAUUGAGAUAUGUACCCAUAAAUGGAAUUGUUUUUAUUUCCUUUUCAGAUUGUUCAUUGCUAGUGUAUAGAAAUGCGGCUGAUUUUUUGUAUUUAUUUUGUAUCCUGCUAGUUUUCUGAAUUCAUAUAUUAGCUCAAACAGUUGUGUGUACAUGUGUGUGUAUAAUCUUUAGAGUUUUCUACAUAUAAGAUAUCAUCUGUGAAGGAGAUCAUUUUAUUUCUUUCCUUCCACUGUGGAUGCCCCAUUCUCCGGACCUCCUCUUCCCCAUCACCGUCUGUGUCCUUAAGAGGUGUCUGCUCCACUAAGUAGAACCUUCUGGAAGCAGAUGAAACAGCAAGGAUGCCCUACUGGUUCUGGAGAUCUGUCAACUUGAGACUAGUUGCUGUGAAGUUCCCUGAGCUUAAUAAAGGUUGGUAAGUGGAGCUGCCAGCCAGGCCUGGACACCAGGAUGGGCCACCAGCUAGGAUGGGCAUCAGGACAGGUCCACUAACCAGGGCAGGUCCACUGACCAGAACAGGGGCCACCAACUAGGAUGGGUCAUCAACCACAAUGAGCCCACAACUGGGACAAGCCACCAACCAGGAUGGGUCACCAACCAGGAUGGGCCACCAACUGGAAUGGGCCACCAACUGGGAUGGGUCAUCAGCCACAGUAGGCCCACAACUGGAACACGCCACCAACCAGGAUGGGUCACCAACCAGGAUGGGCCACCAACCAGGAUGGGUCACCAACUGGGAUGGGCCCACCGUACCCCAGGGGCUGCCUCCUUGGGAAUGGAUGAUGGUCCACUGUCUCCAUGGAGCUGGCAACAAGACACGGCCACAGCCUGAAGUAGGACUGUGGGCAGCUUCCAGUCCAUGCCUAAGAUGGCCUUCGUCUCAUUUCCCCCUCAGUGGAGAUAUGAUCUGCUGCCACAACUGCUAUUCCCUCCUCCCCUGAGACGUAACAUCAGUGAGGUCAGAGGCCCAGGAAUUGUGUCACUUUCACCGCAGGGCUGAGGGGUCACUCUAGGCAGGUAACAUCAACCUGCUGCUUCCUUUCCAGAACCUCUGACUGCCUCGGGCGGGACACCUGCCUUUCUGAUUCGCCAGGUUGUAAUCCUUCCAUUAAGGUGCGUCUUAAUUAAUGACACGUGUUUGCCGGUAUGAAAAUAAAUAUUGACAGAUUCAUAAUUUCCCAUUAA